CUGGCAGGCCCCAUUGUUUUCUGGGGGGCGGAGCCGCUUGUGCUGUUUCUGCUGCGGAUGGAGCCGGAGGCGCUGGCCGGGGUGGAUGGCGGGUCUGCUCCUGGCCCCAUGGGGGUCCCCCCAGUGCUCUCAGUGUCGCAGCGCCGGGCCGAGCUCCGGCGGAGGAAGCUGCUGCUGAACUCGGAGGAGAGGAUCAACCGCAUCAUGGGCUUCCACCGGCCGGGCGGGCUGAAGGAUGAUGAAAGUCACACAGAAUCAAAACUUCAACAUGAGCAAGAUAAAUCGAACUCCCUCCCUAUUCCUGCAGUUUCAAAGCGAAUUGUGCUUGGUGAUUCUGUCUGUAAUUUGGCAGGAACAUCUGACCACACAAGUGGCAUUAUAGAGCUCAAGGGAGAUAAAAAGGACUUGUUCAGUAAAACUCCUGAGAUUGGUAACGAUGGUACCAGUGAGCUCCGGCAUCGUAGCAGAGGGGAUCUGGCAUCAGAAGCUUCACAGAGAGCACCUCGACAUGGAUUAGAUCAAUACUUAUCAAGAUUUGAUGAAGCUAUGAAGCUAAGAAACCAGCUGAUGAAUGAGAAGCCUAGUCAAGAGAAUGGGAAUGCAGUGGAGGAAUUUGAUUCUUUUCGCAUUUUUAGAUUGGUGGGAUGUGCGCUUCUUGCCAUAGGAGUUAGGGCUUUUGUGUGCAAGUACUUGUCAAUAUUUGCACCAUUUCUUACUCUACAACUUGCUUAUAUGGGACUGUCCAAAUAUUUUCCAAAGAGUGAAAAGAAGAUGAAAACUACGGUAUUAACUGCUGCUCUUUUACUGUCAGGAAUCCCUGCAGAAGUGAUUAGCCGCUCCAUGGAUACCUAUAGCAAAAUGGGAGACAUUUUCACAGAUCUCUGUGUUUAUUUCUUUACUUUUAUCUUCUGCCAUGAACUGCUUGUUUUUUUUGGUUCUGAAGUGCCGUGAUGGCUGUAGAACUCAAUACAGUAGUUACACAAAAGUUUUCCGUUCUGUAUUCCUAUAAUAUCGCUGGGUAUGCCACACAGGUUUAUACCUUACUUAAUUCUUACCUAUUCAAAUGCUUGAAAGCGGUUAAAUCCACUCAUAUGAAUGGAAGAACAGGGUCCCAGGUUUGGGGUUGUAUUAGUACAGUUUAUUCAAUUUCUAAUGUGGAGAUUAGAGUGCAAGUGUCAGUGAUUUAUAUCUUUUGCUUAUUUAGUUAGAUGUCCUUUUCACCGUACCCCAAGCAUCACUUACAUUGUGUCACUUUCUUGUUGACUUGGUAGUGUGAGAACACAACAGAACUGGUGUGCUCUCAACAGAACUAUUUAUACAUUGUGACAGGACUUACCUAAAGACUGCUCCCUGUCUAUUACUUCUGUUUUUUUAAAUUUAAAUAAAGUAAAAUGUACCCAUACAUUCUAUUGUUCAAACUCUGAAUGUUGAACAAAAAUAGCCUCAGCCCACACGCCUGCUGCUUCUGCAGCAGUUUGGUGAUGCGCCACCUCAUUGUCUUGCUCUCAGUUGAAGUCCUCAUUCUCUCUGUGCAUAAGUUAUGUUAUAGCCAUGACUGAUUUCAAGUGAGGAAACCGGAGCAAAACAACUAAGCAAAAAAAUCCUGUUGUCCUACAAAUGUCGUUCUUCAAGAAGUAAGAAGACAUAGAAACUAUGCUAAUCUCAUAAUGUUUCCCUGAGCAUUUGGCAGCUCUCUAAUCCUAGUAGUAUCCUAACCCUAGUUUUACCCAUGCUUUCAUCUUGACCUCGGUUUACUACUCUCUCUAGAGGGUUCACUUUCUACAGUGAAAGCAGCACUCAAGAAGCCCGAGUCUAAAGCAGUUGCUUCAUAUUUAUUAAAAAUGUCUGUGUUUUGGUCAACCGCUAGUUAACCAGGGGACUACAUAUUUUGACUAUGUAUAUCUUCUCUGUAUUUCUCUCCCUGUGUUUAUUACUAAAGACAUUUGCAUGUAAACAGGAUCUUAAUUGCAUGGGAGUUCUGCUCCGCUGCUUAAUACUGCUACUGCUCAACAGCAUAA